UCUAUCUCUCUAGCAGCGCACGUAUAUAUGUAUAGAUACAUAUAUAUAUACACACACACACACUCACACACUCUCAACCACACACACACGCACACACUUACUCCCAGCACACGCUGACCACGCGCGCACACGGACACACACAUGCCCGCGCGACACCCGGCUCCGGUGAGAGACGUACCUGCGCAGGCUGGGCACCGCCGUGCUGGAGGGCUCGCUCCAUAGCGCCGCGUCUCGGGCCGCCGCGCCGUCAGUCGGGGGAAGAAGCCGCUGUCGAUUGUUUCCUCUUUCCACUUCCUCUCAUUCCUGGAAUGCUAAAACUGGACUGAUGGACAUUUCAGAACUUUGUCUCCCAGACCCCCUCAGCUAUCACAACCAGGCCUCGUUGUCCAAUUCAUUAGGGCGGUUUCUCAGUCCGCUGGCUACAUUGGAGCCUUCUCAUUUCUGGCUGCUGAAUAGGAUGGCCGCCGAUGACCGGCACCUCCCCUCCAGCUGUGGGUCCUACAUCAAGACGGAGCCGUCCAGCCCCUCCUCGGUGGUGGACACGGUCAGCCACCACAGCCCCAGCGGCAACUCGGACGCCAGUGGCGGCUAUGUCAGCGCCAUGAACAGUCACUCCAAUGGCCUGGACUCCCCGCCCAUGUUCACCCCUGUCGGGCUGGGCGGCGCGGGCAGCUGCCGCAAGCGCUACGACGACUGCUCCAGCAGCAUCAUGGAGGACUCGCCCAUCAAGUGUGAAUACAUGCUGAACUCCAUUCCUAAGAGGCUGUGCCUGGUGUGCGGCGACAUCGCCUCGGGUUACCACUACGGCGUGGCCUCGUGCGAGGCCUGCAAGGCCUUCUUCAAGAGGACAAUACAAGGCAACAUCGAGUACAGCUGUCCGGCCACCAACGAGUGUGAGAUCACCAAGCGGAGACGCAAGUCGUGUCAGGCCUGUCGCUUCAUGAAGUGUCUCAAAGUUGGGAUGCUCAAGGAAGGUGUGCGUCUGGACCGUGUACGAGGGGGCAGACAGAAGUACAAGAGGAGGCUGGAUGCGGAGAACGCCCCGUACCUGGGGCUGACCCUCCCCCCGCCCACCAAAAAACCCUUGACCAAGAUCGUGUCCCACCUGCUGGUGGCGGAGCCGGAGAAGAUCUACGCCAUGCCGGACCCCACGGUGCCCGACAGCGACAUCAAGGCCCUGACCACGCUGUGUGACCUGGCCGACCGCGAGCUGGUGGUCAACAUCGGCUGGGCCAAGCACAUCCCAGGCUUCUCCACGCUGUCCCUGGGAGACCAGAUGAGUCUACUGCAGAGCGCCUGGAUGGAGAUCCUGAUCCUCAGCAUCGUGUUCCGCUCGCUGCCCUACGAGGACGAGCUGGUGUACGCCGAGGACUACAUCAUGGACGAGGAGCACUCGCGGCUCACGGGGCUGCUGGACCUCUACGUCUCCAUCCUGCAGCUGGUGCGCAAGUACAAGAAGCUCAAGGUGGAGAAGGAGGAGUUUGUGACGCUCAAGGCCAUCGCCCUCGCUAACUCAGACUCCAUGCACAUAGAGGACAUGGAGGCGGUCCAGAAGCUGCAGGACGCUCUGCACGAGGCCCUCCAGGACUACGAGAGCAGCCAGCACCCGGAGGACCCCCGGCGGGCGGGCAAGCUGCUCAUGACCCUGCCCCUGCUGAGGCAGACGGCCACCAAGGCCGUGCAGCACUUCUACAGCAUCAAAGUGCAGGGCAAGGUGCCCAUGCACAAACUCUUCCUGGAGAUGCUGGAGGCCAAGGUCUGAUGGGGAGGAUUGUGGGUUUAACCCCUGGCAACG